UUUUUUUUUUUUUUCUUUUUCGGACAUGUGACUGGUGUAAGUAUCUAAAGCGUCACUUCUACAUCUGCAGUGAGUCUCCCCUGCCCACCUGUCAGACGGACACCCUUCUCCACGCUCAGUCAUGGGACGAGUAAAUAAUUCAACACUCCAUGCGUAUCAGAUGUGGUCUCCUCUCUCUCUCUUUAUUUCGUACUCCCUCUCUCUCGUCCUCUAAUAGGCAUCAACAAGUCUCUGAAGACAUCAGUAGAGUGUGUUAUCUGUGUAAUAACUGCAGCGUGAAAACUUUCACUAUCACAGAAACAGGAUGUCUGGAGUGAACAGUGACCUUUUACACAGAUCAACUUUGAGUGUUUAUAAUAACCUCAUGGAUCAGUUUAAUCCUGGCUUGCAAAAGCUGGUCACUUUAGGAAACAGCUACAUCAAAGCUUUUCAAGCGUUGGCUCUGACAAGCGAAGCCUACUUCAGCGCUCUUGCUAAGAUGGGCGAACAAGCUCUCAGCACACUAUCAUCUAGAUCACUCGGCGACGUGUUGAUCCAGAUAUCAGAGACUCAGAGGAAGCUGACGGCUGAGGCAGAGGGAGUGUUCCGCUGGUUCCAUGUGGAGGUUCUGCAGGCCAUGGACAAGAACGUGAAGCUGGACGAGGAAUACAUUGAGGGCAGUCGUAGAGUGUAUGAACUGGAGGUGAGGAAUCAGGCGGCAUCGCUGGAGCGUCAGCUGAGACGUGGUGCCUUCAGAGACUCACUGGAGAGCAGCGAGUACAUGCAGUACCUGAGGCAGAGUCAGCAUGAGAUUCUCAAAGAGGAAGAAAGGAGAUAUCGUUUCUUGGCUGAGAAACAUUGCGGACUUACACAGUCACUUCUAUACCUUAUCAAUAAGACGGGAGUAUCUCUCCAGCAGAGAGCAGAUGGAUGGAAAGAGAAAGUCAGCGAGAGCAGAAGCUCCAGACCUCGAACGCCCACUCCAUUAGAUCAAGAGGCUCAGUUAAAAAGUUCUGUGGGCUCUCUGCUGCAGACUGGAGACCGAGAAAUGGACCGCGAACCUCUGGGGAGAGUGCCCUCUAGAGCCCCGUCUCCUCUCCCCAGUCGUUCCCGCUCCAGCUCUGUGGGCGAGUCUUUAGGUCUGGGCGGCGGUCGCUCCAUGAGGGCCAUCGUUUCACAUCCCGCUUCAUCCAAUCCGGUCCUGCUGCCGUUUGCCCGUGGCGACCUGUUGACUGUGCUCAUACCAGAACCACGCAAUGGUUGGCUGUAUGGACGCCAUGAUCCAAGCCUACGCCAAGGCUGGUUUCCUGCUGCCUACGUGGCAUCCACUGAAGACUUUCUACCUGUGGGCUUAAGUAUGUCACACCGAAGCCACAGCAUGAACAACCUCCUGGAGCCGACCAGCCAAUCAGAAUCCGACACCCAGACCUACAGUGAAGUUUCUUCUCCAGUGGUCUCCAUGCGCCGUGCGUCGGCAGACGUUCGCUCAGUAUCUCCCCUCCCCGAAAAGAAGACAGAGUCCAACAACGAGCUCAAGAGCGGCCAGAAAGUCUUCCACGAGAUUCCUGCUCCAGCCACACAGCUGCGCCGUGGCUCGGCCGAUGUUCGCUCGAUAUCUCCUCUCCCUGACAGGAGGGCGGAGUCUCAUUUUGAGAGCAAAGUGGAGCUCAAACAUUACAACGAACUUCCACCUCCAGCUCCACCCCUUCCAAACUCUCCUCUGCCUGAGCGAAAGACUGACUCAACCUCAGAGAGGCCAAGUACCCAAGGACAACCACCAGAGCACCCUCUUUUUCCCAGAGGAUCAAAUCCAUUUGCCACAGUGAAGCUUCGUCCCACUGUUACCAAUGACAGAUCCGCUCCACGAAUCCAGUGACAGUAAUCGAUGUGGGGAAAGUCAUCACCUGCACUCUGACUGGUUCAGAGUCUGCAUCAAAUAUCAAACACAGUUUGCUGAUCAUUAUAAAAUGAAAGUAAAAAAAAAAAAAAGAUUUUUAAACUUACAGGCACUUUUUUAACUAGUGUAGUAUUUACUUUGAAGAGCUAGUGCAUUAGUAUCUACCAUUUUUUUUUUCUGGAAGUGUUUUUAAAAUAGAUUUUUCACAUAAAAAAUAAAAAUUUUCUGUACCUUAAUUUUUAAAAAAACAUUACAAGCCACGAACCAAACAAAUCAGCUAUAGGCAGAAGUAUCUGAAACUCAGACAAAAGUACAAGCUACAAUAUAAGAGAAGAAAUAUGAGAGAAAUAUACUAUUUAACUUCAACCCCAAAGCGAAAAAGGGCAGUAUGGAAAAUGCAAAUAAAAUAAGUUGUGAUUUUGAAAUUUACUUUGACUUUUAUUUCACUGCAGACACUACAGCAAACAUUAUUUAAUGUUUAGUGUUUCUUGUUAUUAUGAUUUUAUUAUUUUUUUUAAAUAAACAAGUAUACCAGUUUUAGGAAACUUGCACUUUUGUGAUGACACCGUUGAUGCAUAUUUCAACAAGAAAAUGAAAAAAACACAAUCUGCACACAUUAC